UUGGCUGACGUGUGCCGGCUGCGCGCUGAGGUCUCCAUCCUGACGGCGGAGUUGAUUGGCUACAGAGCGGCUUGGGGCCGGGGCUCCGCCCGCUCUAGGUGUAGCCUGUCGUGCUCGGCGUGUGGGGGAUAGGCGGCGCGUGGCACCCCCAGCUUCUCCCGCGUGUAGCGGCGCGAGCUCCGGCGGUAGGGCAACACGCGCCUCUUCCCGCGUCCGGAGCGGACCGACCUCUGAGAAGAGAGACACGAGCGCCGCCGGGGCAACGAGGACAACCGCCCCCUCCUUCACCGGCCAUGACAGACUUCAAGCUGGGUAUCGUGCGCCUCGGUCGGGUGGCUGGCAAGAUCAAGUAUACACUAAUUGAUGAGCAAGACAUCCCUCUUGUUGACAACUAUUCAUUUGAAGCUCGAAUGGAAGUGGAUGCUGAUGGCAAUGGGGCUAUUUAUGCCUAUGCAUUUGACAAAUACAAAGGAAGGGGUUCUGGUGCGCUUCACGAGUUGCUAUGGCAACGGCACAAAGGCGGCGAUGCUGCAGGAUUCCAGGUGUUACAUUUAAAUGGUGUAUUUACGGUUGAUAACAGACUAGACAAUCUACAAGUGGUUCCUCGGGGGUGGAAACAUGCGAUAGAGGAGGUGUCCAGCAAGCAAAGGGAACAGUCUCUCUACUGGUUGGCUAUACAGCAGCUUCCCACUGACCCCAUAGAAGACUUGUUUCCACUGCUGAAUGUUACCCGUUGCUACAAUGCUAAUGGAGAAGUGGUGCGGGAAGAGGAGAACUCCUGCACAUAUUAUGAGUGUCAUUAUCCUCCUUGCACUAUGAUGGAGAAACAGUUGCGUGAAUUUAACAUAUGUGGUAGAUGUCAACUAGCAAGAUACUGUGGUACCCAGUGUCAACAGAAGGACUGGCCUGCCCACAAAAAGCACUGUUCGGAGAAGGUGCGAAUCUCUCAAUGUGAGCCGGAACCAGAACGGUGACCCCAGCCAUGUCAUUCUGUACUGCAGCACGCUUCGUGUUUGAGGGGUGAACAGGAUGUGUUCUGCACACUCACAAGUGACUGGUCAGUGGUGCCAGAGGCACUGAAGAAAAUCCUGUGAUGCUUGAGCGGAUUUAGGGCUAUGAUGGACAAUGCCGCCUAGAACUGGCUCUUUUGGACUAUGCCGCCUGGAACUGUGACGACUAAAGGAGUGGGGUGUUCCAUUCCAGUAUUAGCAUUUGUCUCACAGACUACUGUGAAAGCUCCAACCAGGAGCUUGUAAUUUAUGUUGUUCGUAAAAGUUUAAUGUACAGUUUUUAUUUUAUUUUUUGGUUUUGAUUUUUUUUUUUUUUUUUUUUUAUGGUUGAGGCUACAAACAGUUGAUCCCAGAUUCCAGAGUGUGAACUCUUACAGGCUAAUGUUCAGCUUUCCUUUCCAGACCUUACUCGCAUUAACGUUUUCACAGCAAAAAACGCAAAAUGCUUUUGGAUAUAUAGUCUGGUCUACUGGGAAAAUAUGAUGUGCAUGGAGAUGUUCUAAAAAAUUAAAAAGAAAAAAAAUGAA